UUCUAGGAAGAAGAGAAGGAGCCACAUAUGAUGGAGGACCAAACGCAAGCGAAGUCAACGGCAGUCGCUAAGAGAAGGGCGUCAUCGUCGUCGUCGUCGUCGCCAUCAUCACGGUUCAAAAGAGUCUGCGUGUUCUGCGGUAGCAGCACAGGGAAGAAGAAAGGCUAUCAGCUCGCAGCUAUCCAACUAGGAAAAGAAUUGGUGGAGAGGAACAUAGACUUGGUGUACGGCGGAGGGAGCGUUGGGCUCAUGGGUCUCGUCUCGCAAGCUGUUUUUGACGGCGGCCGCCAUGUCUUAGGGAUAAUUCCAAGGACGCUCAUGCCCAAAGAGAUAACCGGAGAGACCAUAGGGGAAGUGCAGCCCGUCGCCGGAAUGCACCAGAGGAAAGCCGAGAUGGCACGUCAGGCUGAUGCCUUUGUUGCUCUUCCCGGAGGGUACGGAACCCUAGAAGAACUGCUCGAGGUGAUAACUUGGGCUCAGCUGGGAAUCCAUGACAAGCCGGUAUCUGUCGAUCUGAACACUUCUUUUAUGAAUAUGUUUCUGAACACUUGUCCUUUUUACUCUCAUGAUUUUUCUUACUGUAUCUUCUACUACCACAGAGGUGUACCAAUAAUGUCGAUGCAACAGUUUUAGAAUUGAUGCAAUGUACCCUUCUACAACAGUUAUAUGAAUCUCUGUGUGUGUGUGUGUGUGUGUUGUGUUCUGUGACAUGAGCAGGUGGGUCUUCUGAACGUCGAAGGGUACUACAACACACUGCUAUCUUUCAUCGACAAGGCUGUGGACGAGGGGUUCAUCUCUCCUGAUGCUCGCCAUAUUAUUAUCUCGGCACAGACAGCUCAUGAGUUACUGUCCAAGCUUGAGGAGUAUGAACCCAGGCAUGAGAGAGUUGCAUCCAAACUGAGGUGGGAGAUGGAGAAGUUGGGUCACCCCCCCAAGUCGUACAUCGCGCGCUAGUAGAACACCACCACCUUGUAUGAGUAAUUAUAAAUGCCCAGUGAUGCAACCAUUGUAAUCUUUACUUCAACUUUCGGAGUGUGUCAGUAACCUUUGUUCUAGUCUUUGCUAACUUUUACCAAGUAUCUAGUCAACCUU